GGAAUGACAGAAUGCCCUUCUGAAUAGACUUUGUGGGAUGAGAUUAGUGAUGCACCCCUGAGAUCAUCUGGCAGUAAUUCACACAGGUCUAAAAGAGUUGAAAACCUAAAUUUCCAUCCCCAAAAAAAGCUCUUGCAGAAUAUACAUAUUAACCUACUCAGAAAAACUUACAGCAUGCAAACACUCAUCUAAGUGGUCCGAACCCCCUCCCACACUCAUGCACAGCUCACUUUCACCGUCUCCUCACUCUGCUCCAGUUUGGCAAAGACCAACGCGCGGACGAACACAGUCGAGGAAACGACUCGUCUCGCUCCUGCUCCACAUUGCGCAGCGCCCGCCGCCAAACGCAACACAUGCCAGAAACACACCCCGACUCUUCACCAGCCUCUCCUCGACACGUCCUUCCGAUGGGGCGACAUCAAACCCCCGUCUUGCUGCUGGAUCUUUAGAGAGGCGCACUGGGCAGCGCCGACGUGAGCCAUGUCUGCCGCUCAGGGACUCCUCAACAGCGUCUUCUCCUGCUCCUCUCCCGCCUCCAAAGCCAUGACCAAACGGAGGCUACGCCAGACCCGCAGCCUGGACCCCGCCAUCAUAAGCCACUGUGACACCGACACGGAGGGAGCGAGCGGAGCACCGUUUUCUGUCGCGCCGGCCGCGGACGCAGGUGCGUCCCCGGAGCGCGUCGCCGCCGCGAAACCAACUUUACGCACCAACAUUCCGAGACUGAAGGAGCCGAUAGCCCCGUCCCUCUCGUCCCCCUCCAUACCCCUGGAUGUUUCCCCGUCGUCCAACUUCCACUUUGACUAUGACACGGUGAAACGUGCCAAAAGGAAUACCGCCGGGGAUUUACCCUUCCUGGUGAGGGGACCCGGUGCCGCGCCGUCAGCCGGCAGCACCGGCGCGCUGUUCUCCGCGCGGAGGUGGCUCCAGCGGAAAGUGCAGCCGUCCAGCUCCCACGCGUACGUGGUGUGGAAAUCAGAGGGUGAUUUCACCUGGAGCAGCCUGUCGGGCCGGAGCGUUCGCCUGGCGCCCGUCGCCAUCCAGAGCCUGUCGGAGCUGGAGAGGGCCAGGCUGCAGGAAGUGGCCUUCACGCGUUUACAUCAGGACUAUGACCUGGGAUGUCAGAUCACCAUGCCAAAAGAUGGACAGAAGAGGAAAAAGUCGCUGAGGAGGAAGUUGGACUCUCUUGCAAAAGAGAAGAGUAAAGACAAAGAAUGCAUACCCCAGGCCUUCAGUUUACCGCUCUCCCAAGUCAUCGGCAAUGACAGAACGCACCGGCAGCGCCAGGACGGCUAUCGGCAGGACCAUCCGCAGCGAGAGGAGCACAAGGACUCCUCCGACCUUGUCUCGUCCAUCUUACAGUUUGCCACCAAGCGGCCGUCCAAUAAGGAGUUGUCCAGCAGUAACUCCUCGCUGAGUUCGACGUCAGAGACGGCCAAUGAGUCGACGUCACCCAACACCCCCGAGGCUGCGCCGCGAGCCCGCAGGAGGGGGGGCAUGUCGGUGGACUCCAUCACCGACCUGGACGACAACCAGUCGCGCCUGCUCGAGGCGCUGCAGCUCUCUCUGCCGGCCGACACGCCGAGUAAGAAGGAGAAGCACCGGGACAAGAGGCUGAGCCUCAAUCCCAUCUACCGCCAGGUGCCCCGGGUGGUCGACAGCUGCUGUCAGCACAUCGAGAAAUACGGUCUGCAGACUGUGGGGAUCUUCAGAGUGGGCAGCUCCAAGAAAAGAGUCCGACAGCUACGUGAGGAGUUUGACCGUGGCGUUGACGUCCCGCUGGAUGAGGAGCACAGCGUCCAUGACGUGGCUGCUCUGCUGAAGGAGUUCCUCAGGGACAUGCCCGACCCUCUCCUAACCAAGGAGCUCUACACGGCCUUCAUCAACACCACGUCGUUGGACCCAGACGAGCAGCAGCAUGUUGCUCAGCUGCUGGUCUACCUGCUCCCAGCAUGCAACAGUGACACGCUCCAUCGCCUGCUGGACUUUCUGUCCACGGUGACCGCUCACGCCCACGACCGGCAGGACAAAGACGGACAGGAGAUCACCGGGAACAAGAUGACGUCUUUAAACCUGGCCACCAUCUUUGGCCCAAACCUGCUCCACAAGCAGAAGAGCAGCGAUAAAGAGUUCAGCGUCCAGAGCUCGGCCAGGGCUGAGGAAAGCACGGCCGUCAUCGCCGUGCUGCAGAGGAUGAUCGCCAGCUACCAAACCCUCUUCAUGGUGCCUCCUGAUCUGCAGAACGAGGUGUUGAUGAGUCUGUUGGAGACUGAUCCAGAUGUGGUGGACUACCUCUUGCGGAGAAAAGCGUCACAGAGUCCCGACCUGCUGCCGACGGAGGAGCCCUUCACGCUUAGCGAGCGCCGUUCCUCCAGCGACUCCAACAAGGCGUCCAGUGGCGAGGUGUCCCCCUAUGACAACAACUCCCCGGUCCUGAGUGAGCGGAGAGGAGACCCGGGGAGCCCGGGUGCCUACACCGUGGUGGGGCAGGUGGCCGGCUGGAGGAGAGAGCCCGGAGCAGCUGACCCUUCGGGGACCAAAGACACUACAUCGGAGGAGCACGUGAACAUCUGGGGGACGUGGCACAGUACUCUGAAACCAACACUCAAGGACCAGUCAUUCACAGGUUCCCAUGGCAACAUGUCAGAGGGAAGCUCCCGCAGCUCACAGGAAGGUCUCGAUGGACUCCACGGCGACGGCAGGCAUCCGGCCGCGGUGCAUCGGACUUUGACGGCGCCCGGCGUCGCCGAGUGCAGACCCCACCCUCCGGUCACCAGAGUGUGUACCAGCCCCCGCGUGGAUACGGGGCGGCCGCGCCUGCGGCUGAACAUCAGCCCGUCUGCGACGUCGCACCUCAACAGCACGCCGGGCCUCCAGCGGGCGAGCGGACACAGAAUCAACCCGGGCUCCAGACUCCAAGGCGGCGCCAACACUGGCGACAGUGGCCCGGCUACGCUUGACGACGGCCGCUGUCCACCCCCUUAUAGCGUCCACCAUCGACUGUCUGGUUCUCAAAGUUCACCUCAGCUCCCGGCGGCUCAGCGGCCGCCCCUGCAGCACGGGAGGCUGAGUGCGGCGCAGAGUAACUCGGCCUCGACAGCGGAGGCCCAGAUGGUGCCACAGAGCCCAGAGUGGCAGGACUGGCAGAGGGAUCGGUGGCAGAUCUGGCAGCUGCUGUCCUCGGACAAUGCUGACACACUGCCUGAAACGCUGGUGUGAUCUCGGACUGUCAAGAUUCUGCUCCGCUCGCCCACCAAUUGCGUAAUCCGACCGCUCCUAUAGACAAUCACUUCUCCCCAGUUACCCUGCCUUUCGUCCACUCAUCCAUGGAUUUCAUCCUUCCCCCUUGAACCUUCUGUGCUUCUCCCGCAUCUUAUUGCCAUGGUGUUGUUGUUUACGUGUGCAGCUGCUGCCUUACACAGACUUUUGCAUCCAAGAGCCACUAGUAUUUCCUGUAUUGUAUGGAUGUUCAAAAGUUGCUCCUGUUGCUAUAGCACGCCUGUUUUGUCCGUGCGGACUAAAUGAGUUGGGAGCUUUGAGACAUGGCCAUCAGAAAUACCUCAAAAAAUCUUUUCUUUUGACACCUCUACUUUGUCCACAUCUGCUAUUCUGAGAAAGUUGGGCCUUCAUAUCUCAAUUCAGAACAAUAGGAAAGCACCAUUUGUUCUGUUUUUUUGUAUUUUCAAUUCGUAAUUUUUACUUUUUUAAAUUAAAAUUCACCAUAAGACUAAGAUGUAUGCAUGAGUAAUUGCUGCUAAAUGUAGAUUUUUGUGUGUGCGUACUCUUGAUGUAGUUCAGUCACAUCUGUCUGAAAGGAUCAAAUGUUGAACUACUUGUCUGUGUCAGCUGUUUGGCCAUAUAUAUACACACAUAUAUAUGGCCAAACUGUUGACAGACAUACCUAUACAAUAUAUAUGAAAAUUGAUAUGUAUAUAUAUAACUAUAUAAUUUGCCAAUCUACCUAAAAGUAAGUCAGCCCUCUUGACAGCCAGUCUAAAUGUUGGUGUUUGUCAGACUGCUGUUUUCUGUCUUUAACAUUGAAUGUAAAAUGCUUCACUUAUGGCGAAAUGCUUGAACCUAAUUACAAAGCACUCAGCUGUAAGUUUGCUUAUGUCCCUGCAGUCGUGAUUUUUCUUUCUUUUUUCUUCUUUAACUUCAGGAUAUUUUAUCGUACAGUUGUUUUCAUUUCAUCCCGCUGAUCAUUUCUAAGGAGACUCAAGAUCUUAUGAGAAGCGGAGCAAGGAGGUUUUCAUCAUGGGGUUGGCGUGAGGAUCAUUCUGUAUUUCUAGAUAUUCUUAAAAAGAUGCUCAAACACCACUAAACAGUAAUACAUGUAUGUGAAUUCAUAAGAAAAUAUAUAAUCCAGCAGCGGUCCAACUGAAGUGCUUAAAAAAAGUUGUGGAAAUAUGCGUCCUAAAAAAACACCCACUACCAAUCUGUCCAAAUCCACAGUCACAGUCACGUGGGUAUUUGCUGGCAAAUAUUUCACAUUUCCUUAAUGUAUGGUGUAAUAUGAGCUCAUCUGAAGCUACGCCAGCAUUAAAUCUGGAAACACUGUGUUCAAUUUGACCUCUUAUGCUGUACAUUGGAGGUGACACUGGCAAUAAGUGUCACAUCUGCAACAAGGAAAGAUUGAGGUAAGGGUUAUGGCGCCAUCUAGUGUCCGACCAUGUGCAUCGCCAUGCUUCUGCGUCCCGCUGUUCAGUGUUUCCAUGGCAUCCAUCAGCACGCUUGCAAUUAGAAGCACCUCUUUGUGAAAAUGUAAAAACCAAAACAAAAAAAUGCGUUUGAGGAAAUACAUGUGCCAAAGUUCUCACCCUUAAAAGUUUCUACAUGCAUUGCUCGAGGUUCAUAUUGUGAAUUUUUUGGUAUUAGUUUUUUAUUUUAUUUCAAUGUUGAGUGUUGUAAUAUAUGAAUACAAUAUAACAAUUUUAUAUCAAGAAAGGAAAAAAAGCAACAAAAAAAAAUAAAAAAUCCAGUAAUCCUUAUGGUCCUAGCUUGGCCUCCCCAAAACAAGACCAUGUUUGACACCAAACUAAGUGUUAUGAUGUUUCUUUGUUUUUGUUUUUGUUUUUAUUCGUGGGGUUUACUGGGUCCAAGUUGUAAUGAAAUAUCUGGUAAUUGCUUUUUGUACCGUGUGUCAUCAUCAAUAUGCUACUAUGGAAUUAAAUAUGGUAAAGUUUA